AUGAAGGACUUGUUGUCAAGAAAACAUAAGCUGCGGGAGUGCCAAACAGUAACACUCACUGAAGAGUGUAGUCCCAUCAUACAAAAGAAGUUUCCACCCAAACUCAGUGAUCCAGGAAGCUUCAAUAUUCAAAUUGCUAUUGGUAACACUGAUGUUGGCAGAGCACUAUGUGAUCUUGGGGCAAGUAUUAAUCUGAUGCCAUUAUCUGUUUGCAAAUCUCUGGGAAUUACUGAGUUAAAACCCACUAUGGUUUCUCUACAACUUGCUGAUAGAUCUUUGAGGAGACCAAGUGGUAUUAUUGAAGAUGUGCUUGUUAAGGUGGAGAAGUUCAUCUUCCCAGCUGAUUUUGUGGUAUUAGACAUGGAAGAGGGUACUGAAAUGCCUAUAUUAUUGGGAAGACCUUUCUUGGCUACUGCUCGAGCCAUGAUUGAUGUUGAGAAUGGCAGGUUAGAGUUAAGAAUGAAUGAUGAGACCAUCACCAUCAAUGUUUUGUACGCUGGUGUUUUGAACUGUUUUUGA